AUGUGUGGUGGUGCAGAGAGCAGAGAGGAGGGAGACAAGGGAGCAAGAGAGCAGAGUCAGCAGUCACCGCUUAUCAUGUGGCCAGCAAUUCCAAACAGUGGGCAUCACCAAGCCCCCUGCGCGGCUUGUACGUACCAUGCAAGACAUCCGACCGUAGCACAGCGCCAGACGCACGCGCGCACGCCCACAUCCACACACCCCUCGUCCCUCGUGGCAUCGGGAAGGAAUCCUACGACCCAAAAACACUACUGCCGUGUAACGGCGCUUGAUCUACCCACCAUCCCUCAGACCAGCAGUAACACCAUAGCAAGCCCAUGCAAGCCCAAUUAUGCUAGUUGCCUUCUGUCAGAUCAUGGCCUGGCGCACCGUUUAUGUCCACCAUGCCUGCCACCCAGCGCCUGGUGCUCCACUGCCUAG